CACUGUUUACAGACAUUCCGUUUUUUUUUUUAAUUAAGCACAUUAUAUGAUAAAGUUGUGUUUUAAUUAUAACCAAUUCUAAAUUCAUACUUACGUAAAAUGCGAUUGAAAUAUAGUUCCUUUUUCGCGUACUUCAACUGAUCGAAAUCUGCUGUCAGUGGGAAUCGUUAGCGGAUUUUGCGUGACUAGUAUUAACUCAUUUACCCGAAGACGUCGAUGUGCUUCGACAGUUUUAUCUCAUUGACUAUAUUAUUAUGUUACCGACGAAGCUCAAGGCGUUAAAUGAUUGUUCCACUGAUGAGAGCAGUAACAAUGAUGAUGAGCCGGUUAAAAUUACCAAAGAAGUGCUGGAAACAAAAGCAGAAUUACAAUAUAGCCAAGCAUUACAGUGUUUAGCUAGAGAUCAAUUAGAUGAGGCAGAGGAACUACUAUCAGAUUUGUUAGAAAAAGAAAUCAUUAGUUCUCUAAAUACUACAUUGAAUCAAAAAGAUAAAUCUCAGUCAUCUUUAGCUCAUUUAAAAUAUUGUUGCUUCACUAAUUUAGGAAAUAUUUUGUUAAAAAAAUCCAACUACCACGAAGCCUUAAUUCAUUAUCAAGAGGCUUUAAAAAUGGACGAUACUGAUUUAAAUCUAUGGUAUCGAAUAGGCCUUACUCAUUGCAAGUUAUAUCAAACUGAUCAAGCAAUAUCAGCAUUUUUGGAGGGUAUUAAAUGUAAUCCUAAUCAUUGGCCUACUUUGGAUAAAUUGAUAACUUUAUUAUAUGUAAGCAGCGAAUAUGUUUGUUGUUUAUAUUAUAUAAGUGUAUCACUUAAUUUAGAUUCUGGAUAUUUAAAAGGACAUUUUAUCAAAGAAAUUAUAUUCAAAAAAUUUCCAUCAUUAAUAUCCUAUUUUAAAAGUUAUUGCUCUAACGGUGGUUUAGAUAUAACAUGUACUGAUAUAAUAGAUACAAAUAUACAGCAUAAGAUAUUAGAUGAAAUUGAAGAUAUUAAGAAAAAUAAUCCUGCUUUAUGUUUAAAAAAGUCAUUUAAAAACACGGAGUGCAAACCUAAAUUGUAUGCUAAGCAUUUAGUGUUCAAAAGUUGGGUACAACUUGGAAAAUGGUUACUAACGAUUUAUGAUCAUAUGUUUGAAAAUUAUGAACAUUCGCUUCUUUAUGAACCUAUACAAUUUAAUCAUGAAUCCUUAACUCUCGACACAACAAAAAACCAUAUCAUAGUAGAUGAAAAAAUUAUUGAAGAAGAUUUUGAAAAGCUUUCAUUUAAACUUGAUGUUCCUGUAACGAAACGAAGAAAAAGUUCACCACCACUUGCGGAUCAUUUGAAGUUAAGUCGACGAUCAGCUCGAAAUAAAACUAAUUCAAAAGUUAAUGAGUCAACACUAGUCAAAUCAAUAUGGAAUAUCAUGCCCCAACAUUUAUUACUUAGCAAUGAUGGCAGUAAUAAAUGUAAUCCAAUAAAAUGGUCAGACGAUUCCAUGGAUACAAUGGACUUAUACAGGUUAUAUGAAUUCUCAGAUGCAAUGAGUGAUGGACUUACUGAAAAUUUACUGAAAAAUAAUAUUUCUGAAGAAGAACGUCUUAAACAAAUAAAUGAUGAAAAUUAUUUUGGAACCAAUCAUGAAGCAAAAGAUUUAAAUAAUUUUGUUGAACUUAAUAACAAAAAGUCAAUUUCUGAUUUAUUAGAAAUUUUUUUAGUUAUUAUUGCGAAUAAAUGGACUAAUACUUGGCCUAUCAACAUGAUUCAAGUAUAUAUAGAUGUUUUUAAAAGAGUAUGGAUUCAUACAGAAAAACAACAUUUAACUUAUAUUCUUGAAUCAAAUGUAGAUUCUUUAGAGGAUAAAAAAAUUAUACAAGUGAAAGAUGAAAUUAUAUCUAUUCUUACUUAUGGAGAAUUAUUAUGUGAUCUUUAUUUUCAAUUAAAAACUAGUCAUAAGCCAUUAGAAGGAAGUAUUAUUGGAGGAGAGUUCUGUUCUUUAUGGAUCGGUAGUAUAAAUGAUGCACUCUCAACAUUAGAUUUAAAAGAUAAUUAUAUGGCGAUUAAUGUUCGUUUUCUACGGCUAAGAGCAUUAUUUAACUUACAAGAUAAAGAAAUCAGACUUACAUGUGAUGUGCUUGAAAUGUUAUUGAAUUUUAUUUGCGAUCUGGAUGAUUAUGAAAUUGUUUUGCCAAAUUUAGAAUAUUUUUACCGAAUAAAUAAAAGGAUAGCAGAUAAACUUAUUAUCACAUUAAAAAGGAAUAAUUUAUUAAGCACUGUAAAAGACCUGUACGAAUCCAAAAAAUAUCUAAGUGUUGUAAAUAUUUUAAAAGAUACCUUAAAACCUCAAUCUGCUUUCAUGGAGAUACCCAAUUAUCAAACUAUGACACGAAUGAAUCAAUACAUAUUUAUGUUAAAAUCAUUUUUAGAGUUGAAAGAUUAUCACGAAUUAUUUAAAUGGUGUGAACCGUGCUUGUAUGAAGCUAUUCUACAACAUCGCAAAAGUCUUAUAGAAGAUAGUGAUCCAAACCAAAAGACUAAUCAGGCUGAAUUUAUAAACAAUAUAUUAUAUGCUAUGUUAGAAUCAAUCAAAAUAGAGGGCUUAGAUGUUUUUGAUAAUAUAUCACAAGGAUCUAAAUCAAAACUUAUACAAUCGGUCAUAAAUCUUCUAUCAUAUCUGAUAGAAUCUUCUGAUGGAAAUCCAGAAAUCGAUGCUGUAUCUCCGUGGUUGUUAAUUUAUCAUUUAUUAAAAUAUGAGGAAUCUAAAACUGACAAUUCGUUUUCUUCUCAAACAACUAAUAUUCCACAGUCUUUAUCAUUACUUUUCCUCGGUCAUAAAUAUUUAGGAAAUAAAUGUUGGUGUUAUUAUGAAGACGGUGUUCUUCUAUUUCUAACAUUAUCUGAAAUAGAACAAUUUAUUCAUACAGAUUUGUAUAGCACAUCACUAGUGCAACAAGUUGAUCAAAUUUUUUAUUGUUUAUAUACACAUUUAAUCAAACGUAAUAAACCACGCCAUGUACAGGAUCACAAAUCUAUGGGAUUAGCACUAACAUGGCCACGAGCUAGACAAUUAAUGCAUUUUUAUCAACCGCAAGAAUUACCUAGUUAUGAUGGAAUAUCAAAAGUAUUUACUAUUAAUUCUGAUACAGAAGCUAUGCUUCAAAAAGUCAUAGCUUUAAUACCAGAAGAAAUCAAUCCAAACCGAUUAAUGGAUAAUUUAUUGAUGUAUAUCAAAGGGGAAACAGACCAGUUGCCUAAAAAUGAUAAUCCUUUACCUAAUGAUGUGAAAGAUAUUUUUUAUUUAAUGGCUGAUUUUAAUUUCAAAAACAAAACUUGGAAUAAAGCUAUUCGAUAUUACUUAUUGGAUCUUUGCAAUAACUUAGAUCGUUUUGAUUCUUGGGCUGCCAUGGCUUUAGCUAGAGGGAGUCAAAUAGAAACAAAAUUAAAUUCAUGUGAAUCAAUUAAGAAUGAAGGUCAAAUAAUUAGAAAAGCUCAUAUGACUGGUCGAUGUUAUAAGCAUUCUCUAAAAAUGAGUCCCGAAAAUACAACCCUUCUCAUUGAAUAUGGAACAUUCACUUACAGCAUACAUUCUUUUUGUUCACGUUUAUUGAAACAGGAAACGUCUAAUAUGAGUUUACAAAUGUUUGGAGAGCUUGAAGAUGAAAAAGAAAAAAUGAUCAAAAUGGCUAGAAAAUGUUUUGAAACUGCUAACAAUGUUUGGGAAUACACUGAUUGCGAUUCCCAGGAUGAACGUUGGAUGCAUCAUUAUAUACUUGGAAAAAUAACUGAGAAAAAUGAUGAUAACUCAACAGUAUUUAUGGAUCAUUACUUAAAAGCUGCUCAGUAUUUAGAUUCCUAUGGGGCUAUUUUUCCAGAACAUAUUAUUUAUAGUUCUCCUCAAUAUUAUUCAAUUGAAGUACUUGAGAUUUAUUAUAGAAUCCAUGCUGGAGCAUUAAAGUUAUUAGAAAAGCAUGAUAAUCAAUCAUCAAAUGAAGAAUUAUUUGCAAAAAUUAAAAUAGCAUUAGAUCAAAUAUCUAAUAUGUCUCCUAUUAUUGAUAAAAAACCCAGUAAUGUGCCCACCUCAGAAUUAGUAAAUUAUAAGGAUAUAAUAAAAAAGGAUAUAAACUUGACAGUAAAUCAAACUUUAAACAACAUCAUAAAUCAUGUUUUAACGCCUGAAAAAGAAGCCGAUAAUUCCAAAGAUAAUUUAAAUGUGCCCUCGAAAAAAAUAAAAUUGGAUUCGUCUAUUCAAGAUUCAAUCAACUUUCGGUGGACAUUAAUUCAAAGGUGCCUUCAAGCUUUAGAAGAUUGUUUAAAAAGAUUUCCUCAACAUUACAAGUCAUAUUAUCGAUUGGCUCAUUUCUAUUUCCGUUCGCCAUCUCAUAAAGAUUUUGAUAAAUUUAAAGAUUUAAUGUUUGGAGAACAAGGAUUAUUUGUUGGUCAAAGGCCUAAUAACUUUUUCAAUGGUGUUUGGAGAAUACCAGUUAGUGAAAUAGAUCGUCCUGGUUCGUUUGCAUACCACAUGAAUCGCUGUAUACAUCUUUUAUUAGAUUUUCUUAAAGAAACAGGUGACCACAAAAUGCUACUUGAUUUGGCUAUACAGUUAAAAUACACACCCGAUCUUGAAAAGAAAUAUUUACGUGAUAAUGAACGAGAAGGUAUUUCAAAAGAGGCAUUUUUCCUUAGUGUUCAAAUAUUAAGUAGACUGAAAUCAGAAUAUGCUAUAACUAAUAAUCGUUGUGAAAAUGAACAUCUUUUAAUUCAAGUUUACCAAUAUUAUAAGCGUGUAUCCCGUAUAGCCUGUUGGCAACAAAAAGAUAACACACUAUCUAAGUUAUUAUUGAAUGUCUAUCAAAACAUUGUUGGAACAAAAGAAGAUGUAUCUAUUGACAUCAUCAUUAAGUAUUGUCAAAAACUUCAAACAAAAGAGAAAAAAAUUGAGUACAAAAGCAAUAUUGCAAAUAAUGAAAAUGAUCUUACAUCACCAAUUCCCAAUUCUAAAUCUACCAGUACAUUGAAUUCGUCGCAAGCUCUAUCGACUCAGAUGUCACUUGAAAACCAAAAACGACUUUAUUCUCCACAAGUCUCACACGCGCUUCCAUUGAAUACACAGUUAUCUAAUCAAAUAAUGUCUAGGUUCGCUCCUUAUACACAAUCUCCAUUGAUGUUCCCAAUGACCCAAGAGACAAGUUAUAACUAUACAUUGCAGCAAAAGUUGCAAGCAACAAAACAGAUACUAAAAAGAAACAAUAGUAAACCAAAAGCAGAAAAACGGUCAGCUAGUUCUAAAACUGACAAAUUAGAUACUAAUCGACUGUCAAGUGGAAAACAAAAAAAAAAUAUUAAUCUUAAAAUUAAUAUUGAUUCGAAAAUUAUACGAAAUUCUAAGUUAUCUAUCAAUAAACCCACUAAACGGUCAAAAACUAAUCGUUUGGAACUAAGUAAACCCUUAAAUAUUUCACAUAACACACCAAACGAAUUAAAAUCAUCGCAUAAUUUGGAUUCGAUUUCAGAAAUCAACACACCACCUAAUAGCAUGGGUCAGUCACAAAAGCAAAAACCUAACAUUUCAUCUUCUGAUAUACUAAAGAAUGUCAAACAUCCAAUGAUCUCCACACUUUUAGCUAUGGACAAGUCAAAACCAACUUUAAAGACCAAGACAACAAGCUCGCGUAAUCCAAAAUCAGUUUACAUAGACCUGGAUUCUGCUACCGAACAGGCUCGUUUAAAGUCUACAAUUUUCCAGAAUAAAAGUCCUGAAGUGAAGAAGACAGCUAUUGUCCCAUUGAGUCCAGCCAUGUUGUUAUCAUCUUGCCCGGGUUUAAGCAUAACACCAGUUGUAAACACAAAUGAUAACCGCAAAGCAAAUGAAACGUCAUUGGCAUCAUGUCAUGUUCAAAAUAUUACGAAAACUACCAAGAAUUUUAAUUUUGAACAGCUUCAGCAUCUUAGUAAUAGUUUGACAAUUACAAAAUCUGAAAAAAAUGUCAAUAAAAAAUCCAAACCUGAAUUGAUCCUAAUUGAUUAGUUAUAAAUAAUGUAAAAAUUAAUGCAUGUUUUUAUGCGUAAUAAAAAUACUAAUCAAUGAGUAUUAACUA